GAAAUCAUGAGCGCUGUGUUCGGUGGUGUAGAGGGUGGUGGAACGCACUCCAAAGCGGUCCUUUUGUCCGAAACCGGAGCGAUCCUUGCCGAAACAGAUGGCCCUUGCACGAACCAUUGGCUUGUUGGUGUGGAUAAAUGUAUCGAGGGUAUCGAUGACAUGGUUCAGAGAGCGAAAAUGAAAGCUGGGCUGGACCCCGACACACCCAUUCGUUCACUUGGCAUGUCUUUGAGCGGCGGCGAACAGAAAGACGCCAUUGAGAAGCUCACAGCUGACAUAGCAGAGAGGUGUCCCAAGCUGAGUCAAAGUUAUUACAUCACCACAGACGCCAUAGGCGCCGUGGCAACAGCUAGCGAUCACGGAGGUGUGGUUCUGAUAUCUGGCACUGGCUCUACCUGUAAGCUGGUGAACCCUGAUGGCAGCCAGGUGGGAUGUGGAGGAUGGGGUCAUUUAAUGGGUGAUGAGGGGUCAGCAUACUGGAUCUCCCAUUUGGGUGUGAAAACCAUAUUUGAUGCCAGAGAUAACCUGGUUAAACCCCCCCACGAUGUCACUCAUGUCUGGAACGCUAUGAAGGAGUACUUCCAGGUGUCAGACCUGAUGGGCAUGCUCCCUCACCUGUAUAGAAACUUCCAGAAGUCUCACUUUGCCGGGUUCUGUAAGAAGCUGGCGGAAGGUGCAACAGCAGGGGAUGCUCUAUGCCAACAUCUGUUUAAGGAGGCUGGCAAAGUACUGGCACAACAUGUGGUGGCUGUCUUACCCAAAGCCGAUCAGUCUCUGUUUUCUGGUGACCUUGGGCUGCCCAUUCUGUGCGUGGGCUCUGUGUGGUGCAGUUGGGAGCUUAUGAAGCCUGGUUUCACUCAGGUCCUGGACCAGGCAAAGGAUUCUGUUGGUGGGCAUUUUCGUGGGUACAGCUUACUGACGCUGUGCCAGUCUUCCGCUGUGGGUGGUGCCCUGCUGGGUGCCAAGAAAGCGGGUGCAACGCUACCUCUGAAUUAUAGCGCCAACGUCAACAUCCUCUACAGACAUACGUUUGCAGAUCAGUGAGGAUGAUAAUCAAGCACUCAACACAGAUUACGAGUGUCAGCUUAGCCAUUGACCAAUCAGACGAAAGGCUGAGUGCCUGUACCAAAUAAGGGAUGUGGUGCUGCCAGCUUACUCUAAAAUAUGGGAUUUGCAAUUCCACCUUUUGUCAAAGGGAGGCGCUGUUAAUCAAACUUGAUUCUACAGGUUGUUAAUUAGCUGGAGAAUUAACUCAUGUUAAUUACUGUGAUGAUAAAAUGAAAUGGAUUAUCAUAA